AUGUCUGCCCCCGUGACUGUCCGCACGCGCAAGUUCUUGCGCAACACGUUGUUGGCCCGCCGCCAAAUGCUCGUGGAUGUGCUGCACCCUGGCCGCCCCAACGUGCCCAAGGCGGAGCUCCAAGAAAAGCUGGCCAAGAUGUACAAGGUCGCCGACACCAACACGGUGUUCUUGUACGGGUUCCGCACCGCGUUUGGUGGCGGCAAGUCGUCUGGCUUUGCUUUGAUUUACGACACGGUCAACGACGCCAAGAAGUUUGAGCCCAAGUACCGCCUUGUCCGCCAAGGACUGAGCGAAAAGGUCGAAAAGUCCCGCAAGCAAAUCAAGGAAUCCAAGAACCGCGCCAAGAAGAUCCGUGGGGUCGGCCGUCGCAUCGCCCGCCACAAAGCCAACAAGGCCAACAAGUAA